GGUUGCAGAUUAAAAGAGAGAGAGCUGAGACCCCUCCUGUCAGCCUUCGAGUUCCGUCGCCUCCUCUCCAACGUGACCGCACUCCUGAUCAGCAACGCAGGGGGACACAACUACACGUCCCAACUAGCCGGUGUGACUCUGGGUUCUGCUCAGACGGUUCUGCAGGGUUCUGGUUCGCGGUCCGGAGGUGGCUUGGCGGUGCCAGCGGCGUCAGUGUUGUGGGUGGAGGAGUGCCAGUGCCCGCCGGGCUUCGCCGGACAUCACUGCGAGCUGUGUGCUCGCGGCUUCACCCGCGAGGUGCCCAAUGGAGGACCCUACGUACGCUGCGUACCCUGCAGCUGUAACGGGCACGGAGAAUGCCACCCUGAGACAGGAGAGUGCACCUGCACAGACUUCACCACUGGUCCAACCUGUGAGAGGUGCCUGGAUGGUUACUACGGCAAUGCAUUGAUUGGCAGCUCCAGAGACUGCCAGCCCUGCCCCUGUCCGGACCGCACCACCUGUGCCCAGCUGCCCGACACAGGGGACGUGGUCUGUACCAACUGUCCCCAUGGACAGAGGGGCACCAGGUGUGAAUUGUGUGAGGACGGUUUCUACGGCGACCCCCUGGGGCUGCGGGGCACUGUGCGCCCGUGUGUGAGGUGCGAGUGUAACUUUAACGUGGACCCCAACGCGCUGGGUGUGUGUGACCAUGUGACUGGACGAUGCCUGAAAUGCCUCGGACACACAGCCGGUGACCACUGCGAACGUUGCCAGCCCGGUUACUACGGCGAUGCCAUGGACCAGGACCUCAGCCACUCCCUGAAGUGCAAACCAUGCCACUGUAAUCCUGCGGGCACCUCUGGGUCUCCGCACGAGUGCCACCCCGUGACGGGCAUGUGCCGUUGCCUGAGCGACGUGAGCGGACGCGACUGCGGUCAGUGCGAGCCCGGCUUCUUCAACCUGCGGCCGGGCAACGGCUGCGAGAGAUGCAACUGCAAUCCCAUUGGCUCCUCAUCGCCGGCCUGUCAUCCAAUCACGGGCCAGUGUGUGUGUCGCGUGGGGGUGCAGGGGACGUCGUGUGACGCCUGUCGCCUGGGGUUCUUUGGUUUCUCGUCCAGAGGGUGCAGAGCCUGUAACUGUGACCCAAUGGGCUCCGUCUCCAUGCAGUGCCAUAGCAACGGAACCUGCCCGUGUCGCCAGGGUUUCGUGGGCUAUAAGUGUGACAAGUGUGAGAUGAACUACUUCCACAACCGACACACACACCAGUGCGAGGAGUGCCCCGUGUGUUACAGUCUCAUCAGAGACCAGGCUGUCCAGCUGAAGGCCAAGAUGAAGGCCCUGGAGAAGGUGCUGGCACACUACGACUGCCGGAGCAUGCCCAGACGCCCCAUGUACCGCUACCACAACCCCCUGCACCAGCCUCACGGGCACCCGCAGCAACACGGGCACGAGCAGCAACACGGGCGUGAGCGUCACGGGCACGAGCAGCCACACGGGCACGAGCGCCACGGGCACGAGCAGCCUCACGUGCACCAGCAGCACGUGCAUGAGGAGCGUGAGCGAUCCCAGCUCUGGCGCAGCAACCUGGUGCAGGAGUACCGGGACCAGGACUACCUGCCCAACUCAAUAGAGGACUUCCUAGCCAUACAAGAGGCGCGCGAGGCCUUCAUCAAGCAGUUCUCACAGCUGGAAACGUCUGCACAGACCCUGGAGUUACACCUGCGCAGCGUUGCCACGGUGAUGAACUGCAGCCUGCGAGAGCAGAAGGGAGGGAUGGAGGUGGAGAAAGAGGAAGGAGAGAGGAAGAACGAGGGAAGAGCGACGGAGGAGUGUGAGCCUCUAAUGGAGACUUACGGCGCCGUUAGGGGCGUACUGACCCAGCUGGAGCAGGCAACACGAGACCUGGGCAACAUGGUCAUCCCCUUCUCCAUCCCCAAAGGCCCAAACGAGUGGAACGCUGCAGUCAACGAAUCUCAAAUACUGGCAGAGAGCCACGUCGAGGCGGCCGGUCGCAUGGAAUCGAUCGCCAGCGAGGCGCUGCGAGUAUCGAACCAGACCUACUCCCUACUGCUCACGCUGCUGGAGGAUAACUCAACCGAGCACUACAUCCAAGGGCUGCUGCAACGCUUGUCGGACUUGCAGCAGCUGAAGGGGAACCUGUCCUCUCAGGUGAACGAGAGUCUGGAGGCUCACCUGUCUCUGGAGGAGCAGCAGGUCGAGGUGGAGGCCAUCUUGAAGAACAUCUCCUCCUCCAUGUCAGAGCAGCGCGCACACACACACACACACACACACACACACACCAACGGCUCCUCCAUCAGCAUGCCUGUGGGAGAGUCCAACCUCAACGCCAGUCAGGUCAACGUCACAGCAGACGAUACACUGCUAGGAGCCCAGGUGCAGAGUCUGGAGGAGCGUAGCUCAGAGCUGACUGAGCAGGUCCAGUCCAGAGAAGACCUGGUCAUCAAGACCAGAGAGGAGCUGGAGUCACGCAUCACACAGGGCGAGAACAACAUCAAGACCAUCCAGGAGUUCCAGCAGCUGACGGACCUUGCUGAGGGGUUAAAGGUCGCGUCCCUGUCGUCUGUGGUGAAGGCCAAGGAGGUUGAGUCUGAGGCAUCUGCUCUGCAGAGAAAUCUAGAAGGCAUGCAGAAGAAGUGGCCUCGCCUGCAGACGCAGACCAAGAUGGCGGUCCAGAGGGCCCAGCUGGUGGAGGACAAGCCACUGGCCGAGGCCAAGAAGAAGGUCAAGGUCGCCGAGAGACUCCUCCGAGUCGCCGUGGACAACGCUACACAGGCCAACAUCACCGCAGUCCAGGCAGAGGACUCUGCCCACGCCGUCUCCAAGAACGCUAAAGCGACACGGACGCAGACCAAACAGGCCAAGAGAGCGUCUGCGCAGCUGAGGUCAUCCGUGGAGGAGACGGGGCUUAAACUGAGCGAACCAGAGCGCAUCGUCACACAGAUGCUCUCGCAGAUGCAGACGCAGACAGACGAGCCUGAGGCUUCACUGGGGAGCGUGAUGAAGAAGAUGGAGUCGGCCAAGCUUCAGCUGGAGUCGUACACACACACACUGGCUCAGCUGCUCAGCAAAUUAGAAGAGGACACGUCUCUAGAGUCGUUCGACCACAUCCUGAACGAGACGGCCUCGCGGCUACUGCUCCUGAGACGCAGCGUGGAAAGUCCGUCGCUGUCCGGCAAAAUCCAGACUCUGAAGACCGCAGCCCAUGAGCAGAAGAACCAGAUGAGCCGUUUGGACCAGAGCCUUCAGGAGAUCCGGGAGGAGCGAGCCAGCCUGCAGGACAUUGUGCUCACCCUCCCCAAAUCCUGCCCAUAAAGGAGCCCGCACACUGCCCAGACAAUGCCCAACAAACCCCAACGUUCUAAAGUGGCCCAGACAAUGGCCAACAAACCCCAACGUUCUAAAGUGGCCCAGGCGAAUGGCCAACAAAGCUCAAUGUUCUAAAGUUGCCCAGACGAAGGCACAACAAACCCCCCACAAAUGUUCUAAAGUUGCCCAGACGAAUGCCAAACAAACCCCAACGUUCUAAAGUCAUUGUUGGUUGCAGUCUUUAUAUGUUCAGAAAACCAAUGCCAGCUCCACAUUGCACCAACAGUAAUUGAAAAAGACAGUCAAAUUUCUACGACGCCAUCCAACAGACACCAGCAGACACAAACUGACCGUGCACACAGACCCAACUGUUGGUGUUUGUUGGAGUUUGUUGGUGUUUUUCAGGGCAGUGUGCUAGCACCUUACCACAAGGCCCUCUCGAGGCCAAGGCACUGUAUUACACCAUUCCAGAAUUAGACUUUAGCAAAUAUAACGGACAUCAUUUAGCUCCGGGCCAUUUUUAUGCACAGUUUUAUUUUUAUACCUUUUUUUGCUAGGUUUUUCUUGUUUACACUUUAGACUGUAUAAAUAAGUUUACAUGCACAAGACAUAAGGCGGUAGUGAUAAAGGAGAGAUGUUUUCAGUCAGAUAAACAGUUGAUUAUACCAAAGAGGUCACAUCAAUAAAACAAUAU